AUGUCUCUUCUCGAUCGAGGCAGCGGGACUUCCCGCUGGGACUGGGAAUAUUGUACGGGGAAACUAGAGCUCUCCCAGAGCUUGUCGAGCUGCGCUCCGAGUUGGAGAAGACUCGAGGUGUUGCUCCUGCUAAGUUCUUGCUUGGCUUUGGCUCCGGCUCCGGCUCCAGCAGCUGGCCAACUACGCUACUCGGUACCCGAAGAACUGGACCACGGAGCCUUUGUGGCCAACAUCGCGGAAGACCUAGGUCUGGAUGUAUCCGAAUUAUCAGCCAGGCGGUUUCGUAUUGCGUCCCGGGCGGGGAGUAAGCAGCACCUGGAGGUGAAUCUGGAAAAUGGGAUCCUCUUUGUUAACGAGAAAAUAGAUCGGGAAGAGGUGUGCGAGGGCAGCAAGGCCUGCCUCCUGCACCUGCAGCUGGUCAUCGAGAGCCCUCUUGAGCUCUAUCGCAUCGAAGUGGAGGUGCUAGACAUCAACGACAAUGCACCCCGCUUCCCCUGGCAAGAAUAUGUGCUGGAAGUGACAGAAUCAGCACUACCUGGGGCCCGCUUUCCCCUGGAGAGUGCACAGGAUCCCGACGUGGGCACAAACUCCCUGCGUACUUACAGACUCAGCCCUAAUGGUUAUUUCUCGCUGGAGGUGCAGACUCGCAGUGACGGCAGCAAGUUUGCAGAGCUGGUGCUGGAGAGGAGUCUGGACCGAGAGCAACAGCGUAGCCACCGGGUCCUGCUCACGGCUUUGGAUGGUGGUAUCCCCGAGCGCUCGGGCACAGCUAGAGUUGUGAUCAUGGUGUUGGAUGCCAACGACAAUGUGCCAGUCUUUGAUCAGUCCACUUACAGUGUAAGCCUGCCGGAGGAUGCACCCAAGGGGACUCUGGCUAUCAAGCUCAACGCUACUGACUUGGAUGAGGGAACCAAUGGCGAAAUUGAGUAUUCAUUCAGUGGGCACGCUCCACUAGGUGUGCGUGAGCUUUUCAGCGUGGAGCCCCACACUGGGCAGGUGCGCCUGAAGGGCCAAUUGGACUAUGAGCGAGCUGACCUCCAUGAGCUAUAUGUGCAGGCCAAGGACCGGGGCCCCUCAGCAGUUGCUAUUCACUGCCGGGUGUUGGUGCACCUCCUGGACGUUAAUGAUAACGCACCGGAGGUGACCCUCACCUCGGUCUCCACACCAGUUUUGGAGGACGCACCUCCCGGUACUGUCAUAGCUGUAAUCAGCGUGCUGGAUAGAGAUUCCGGAGAUAACGGCAAGGUGAGCUGCGAAAUCCCGACUGAUAUACCCUUUCAGCUUCAGUCGUCUUUCCACAACUAUUAUGCACUAGUAACUACUGCACCACUCGACCGUGAGACUGUGCCCGAAUAUAAUGUCAGCAUCACCGCCCACGAUCUGGGGUUUCCAGCGCUGGCUACCAAGAAGACCCUGAGAGUCCAGGUGUCCGAUAUCAACGACAACGCGCCCCGCUUCCUGCAACCCUCCUACAGCGUCUACGUGACUGAGAACAACGCUCCUGGGGCGUCGAUCUGCUCCGUCAGUGCGCUGGACCCGGACUGCCAGCAGAACGCUUACUUGUCCUACUCCAUCGCGGACGGCCAGAUCCAGGGCAUGCCCGUGGCCACCUACGUGUCCAUCAACUCGGACAGCGGUCACAUGUAUGCUCUGCGCUCCCUGGACUACGAGCAGAUUCGCAACUUCCAGAUCCAAGUCGUGGCUCAGGACGCCGGCUUCCCGCCUCUUAGCGGGAACGCCACGGUCCACGUCUUCGUGUUGGAUCAAAACGACAACGCCCCCCUGGUCGUGGCUCCCGUGCCCCGCAAUGGUUCCGUGGCUGUGGAGGUGGUGCCUCGCUCAGCGGAGCCCGGCUACUUGGUGGGUAAAGUCUCUGCGGUGGACGCCGAUGCAGGACAGAACUCGCGGCUUUCCUACCGGAUGGUCCAGGCCACCGACGCCAGCCUCUUCAGCGUGGCCCUCUACACGGGCGAAAUCCGCACCGUCCGCGCCUUCCUGGCCAAAGACGCCCCAAAGCACCGUCUUCUCGUCCAGGUGCGGGACAACGGACAGCCCCCGCUCUCGGCCUCUGUGGCCCUGGUGCUCUCGGUGGUGGACAGCGUGCCGGAGGUGCUCUCGGACUUCCGCGAGCUUCCUCCGGGAGGCGAGACGGCUUCUUCCAGGCUUACUCUCUAUCUGAUCGCCUCUCUGGGCUCCGUCUCCUUCACCUUCCUGGUGGCCAUCGUUAUCCUCACGGUGGUCAAGUGCCCCAAAGAGCGGCUGACCUUCCCCGACUAUGCCUGCUCGCAGCUGUCUUGUGGCGGGGAGGGCGGCGGCUCCGCUGCCUUCUGCUGCUGCGGCGGCGGUUGCGGCUCCUGCGAGCGCUCGGCCCCCGCCUCGGACCGCUUCAAGAACUCCGGCAGCGCCAAGGCCCCGGUCUCCUCGGGCGACUCCGGGGACGUCGGAGCCAGCGCAGGCCCUCCGGCCUAUUGCUAUAAGGUCUGCCUGAGCCCCGAGUCGGCCAAGAGCGACUUCAUGUUCCUGAAAGCUUGCAGUCCCGCCCCUCUGAGGAACAACGAAGCGGGCCCUCAGAACUUGCCGCCGGGUCCCGGCCCGAAAACCCGAGGGGCCAAUAACUCUCAGCAGCCCGCCGACCAGGUAAAACAGGCCAAUGCAGACUGGCUACCAGCAAAACAACCAAUACUGAAGAGUUCACAGAGCCUAGAAGAUGUAGGAAAAGUUUGGAAAGGAGUUCAGAAAGACCAUGAUAGAUUGUGCACUUUGGUCACUCCAAUGUCUGAACAUAAGAAGACAUCUGGUCCCCCUAACAGCGUCCGGACCCCUCCAUAUGCACCCCUGUAUUUACAACAUAUUUCUCCUCUGGAUUAUCAACACAAUGUAUAUAUUCCAGGAACCCCAACAACAUCUGCCAAUAAGGAUGGCUCUGUAUUUCUGGAGCAGGAGGCUAAGAACAGCUUCUCCACAUUUGGAAAGAGGAAGAAAAUGAUCAAUUAUUCUGAUAAACAUGACAGCAUGGUCAUUAACAAUCUGAAAUAAAGUUUCUUUAGCAGGCCCGCAGACAUUGCAAGCCAUGCC